AUGGGGACUUUGUCUCUGGCAGCAGGAGGAUGGGUUUCGAACCUUAUUGUGUAUCUGAUAGGGGAAUACAAUGUGAAGAGCAUCGAGGCUGCUAAAAUUUUUAAUAUUUUUAAUGGCUUCAUCACUAUCUUUCCGAUCAUCGGAGCAAUCAUCGCCGACUCCUAUCUAGGCUGUUUCUCCGUCAUAUGGAUCUCAUCCCUUAUCUCUUUACUGGGUAUGGUACUCUUAGUCCUAACUGCAGGACUUGAACCUUUGAGGCCUUCCAAAUCUUUAGGAGUGGGGGGUACACGCUUCACACUAGCAACAAUGGGAGCAGAUCAAUUCGAUAAGCCAAAGCACCGAGGCAUUUUCUUCAACUGGUAUCUUGUUGCCCUGUACAUACCCUCUGUCAUAAGCUCCACGGCCAUCGUCUACGUUCAAGACAAUGUGAGCUGGGCGUCGGGGUUCGGGAUUUGUGUUGCAGUCAAUGUACUGGGAUUAGCCAUUUUCUUGUUUGGGAGUCGUUUUUAUCGAUAUGUUAGGCCACAAGGGAGCCCACUCAUGGGUUUGGUUCGUGUUGUAGUUGCAGCUGUGAACAAAAGGAAAGUAAAGCUCUCAAUGAAAGGUGAAGACUAUUACCAACAGUUGCAUGAUGGGGCCAGUACAGUGAUGGCUGCAACACCUACACAAUUCUUCAAGUAA